AUGGCCCCAGCCGAGCCAGUCGCCAUUAUCGGCAGUGGUUGCCGAUUCCCUGGCUCAGCAUCGUCUCCUUCAAGAUUAUGGAACCUUCUGCGAGAACCACGCAACGUUGCUUCAAAACCACCAACAGAUCGAUACAAUGGAGAUACCUUCCACUACUCCGGUAAAAAGAGUCUGCCACCUGGAAUGAUCAGCUCUCCAGAGUCCUACUUCCUCGAAGAAGAUGUCCGAGCGUUUGAUGCACCGUUUUUCAACAUCUCGCCAGCGGAAGCGGCCUCGAUGGAUCCUCAGCAACGCCUACUACUAGAAGUCGUAUACGAAUCGCUCGACCGAGCUGGCCUGCAACUGAAAGGUCUGCAAGGGUCCUCAACCGGCGUGUAUUGCGGUGCCAUGAACUACGACUACAGCCAACUGCUACUUUCGGAUCAAGACAGCGUCCCCCCAUUUAUGAUUUCAGGCGGUGCACCAUCUAUGCUAGCCACUCGCAUCUCGUAUUACUUCGACUGGAAAGGUCCUUCCCUCGUGCUGGAUACGGCCUGCUCGUCCAGUUUGAUUGCGCUGCAUUUGGCCGUACAGGCCCUGCAGAAGGGAGAUUGUUCGAUGGCUGUCGCAGCGGGCAGUAGCUUGAUUCUGUCCGUCGAUGGCUAUGUUUCGUCAUCCCAGGCGAACAUGAUGUCGCCCUCGGGACGCAGUCAUAUGUGGGACGAGGCGGCGGACGGAUAUGCUCGCGGUGAAGGUGUGGCUGCGGUGAUACUCAAGCGCCUUGAUGACGCAGUGCGAGACGGCGACCAGAUCGACGCCGUGAUUCGUGCGACUGGAGUCAACUGCGAUGGUCGUACAAAGUCCCUAACCAUGCCUAACGGGCUCGCUCAGGGAGAACUCAUCAGCUCCACAUACGCCGCUGCUGGACUCGAUCCCCUCAACCCGGCCGACCGCUGCCAAUUCUUCGAAGCCCACGGAACAGGCACCCCUGCGGGUGAUCCACAGGAGGCGGAGGGAAUUGCAAAUGCCUUCUUCAAUAAGGAUUCCCUAAAGGACGAGACGAUGUAUGUUGGCUCGAUCAAGACAGUAAUCGGCCACACAGAAGCUGCGGCUGGGAUUGCUGGUAUCAUGAAAGCCGCGCUGGCCGUUCAACAUGGUGUCAUUCCUCCCAAUAUGCUGUUCAACCGAUUGAGCGCUAAGGUCGCGCCAUUUGCCGACCAUCUUCGUGUUCCAACGAAGGCGCUUCCUUGGCCUGAUCUUCCGGUUGGAGCUCCGCGGCGAGUCUCAGUGAACUCUUUCGGCUUUGGGGGUGCUAAUGCACACGCCAUUAUCGAAAGCUUUUCCCCAUAUAAUGCUAUUUCGUCGGACAAUGAAGCGACUGCUACCCCUACAUUCUUACCGUUUGUGUUUUCCGCGGCGUCCGAAAAGUCGCUGAAGGCAGUUCUGCAGCAGUAUGUGGACUGGCUGCAGGAGAAUCCGACCGUGAAUCUGUUGGAUUUGGCCGGGUCUCUUCUUACCAAGAGAUCCAUUCUGAGCACUCGAGUGAUUUUCACCGCAGGAACAGUGGAUGGCUUGAUUAAAAAGCUUCAAGACGAACUCAAAGACUCGUCGACAACAAUCACCCGACGACUCAGCCCCGGACCGAAAAGGAUCUUGGGAAUGGGGAUAGACGAACUACAGAAAUCCCUUGACAGCUUACCUCUUGAAUACCGACCUAAGUAUACUCUGCGCGAUGAGUUGGCUGCUCCCGAGUCCUCGUCUCGCCUCAAUUCUGCAGAGAUCUCACAACCUGUGCGAACGGCUCUGCAAAUUAUCCAGGUUAAUAUUCUCCGGUCGCUUGGUAUUGAAUUCGCCGCAGUCGUCGGACACUCGUCGGGCGAGAUUGCCGCCGCGUAUGCAGCGAGAUGGCUCUCGGCAGCAGACGCUAUUCGCGUUGCCUAUCUACGAGGUCUGGCUACGAUGAAUGCAGGGUCGAAAGGACAGCCUGGAGGCAUGCUUGCUGUCAAUAUCUCCUGGGACCAGGCGCAGGCUAUCUGCGGUGAAGCACCGUACCAUGGUCACGUCGUCGUCGCGGCUUCCAAUUCUCCGUCCAAUGUGACGCUCUCAGGAGAUGACGAGCUAAUCUCCGAGUUGGAAUGGCUCUUUGAAAGUCUGGACCAAACUCCUCGACGGCUGCGUGUCGACACAGCGUAUCACUCGCACCACAUGAUUCCCUGUGCGGAGCCCUACUUGCAGGCCAUGAAGGCGUGUCAGGUUCCGACUCGCCAAGGCUCGUCGACAACAAAAUGGUUCUCGAGUGUUCAUGAUGCAGCGGAGAUGACAGCACUCGAGCCUCGCUACUGGUGUGAGAAUAUGCUUCAGUCGGUGCAAUUCUCGCAAGCCUUAACAGCCGCCCUGAAAGACCAGCCAGACCUUGACGCGAUCGUGGAAGUCGGACCUCAUCCUGCUCUCCGGGGGCCCGCACUGCAGACCGUGUCGACAGUCAAGCCUAGCGACGCAGAUGUACCGUACGUUGGGCUAGGCAAGCGUGGAAUCGCUGGUGUUGAAGCUCUGGCACUCGCAUUGGGAUCGUUCUGGGCGUAUCUCGGACCAGAAAACAUCGACACCAAGUCGUUUGUCCACCUAUUUUCACCUUCGCGAGAACCAAAAUUCCUCCCCCCUCUCCCGACCUAUCCCUUUGAUCAUAGCCAGACGUACUGGGCUGUAUCGCAGCAUGCCAGUGCGCGCACUCAUCGUCGCUUACCUCGGCACCCUAUCCUGGGCACCAUGACCCCUGAAACCGGCGAGGGUGAAUGGCGCUGGCGCAACUACCUGCGUCAACAGGAUCUAGAAUGGGUGGAGGGCCACAAAGUCGAGUCUCAGAUGCUCUUCCCUGCGACAGGGUAUCUGGUCAUGGCAUACGAGGCAGCCCACCUGAUUGCUGAAGACCGAGUCUUACAGUCGGUGGAUAUCUACGAUCUUGCUAUCGAUCGCGCGAUCGCCGUUCCGGACACCAGCAUGGGUGUAGAAACGUUGUUCACUCUCUACAAAACAGACGGCGAGGAAGGUCAGAGCCUGACUGCUUCGUUUAAGUGUCAAGCCCGAUUCAACGACACGUUCCGCUGCUGUGCCACUGGCCGUCUUGAGAUCCGAUUCGGAGAGCAAGACGAGACUUUGUUGCCAGCUUUGGGCCCACUUGUUGGGGGGCUACAGAAGAUCGACUCAGAGCACUUCUAUGGCGAGCUGGACAAACUGGGUUAUGGAUACUCUGGUUUGUUCCGCGGCCUUGGGUCGAUUCAGCGCCGAAAGGACAUCGCAUACGGUACUAUUCCUGUCCCAAAUACCGAUGACGAUGACUCGGAUUUGCUAGUUCAUCCCGCGAAUUUGGAUACUAGUCUGCAGGCUCUCAUGGCCGCGUUCGCCUAUCCUGGUGACGGCCAGCUGUCUGGGCUGUUUCUUCCCACUCGCUUGGCGCGCACUUCGAUUAAUCCGGGCCUUUCUCGUGGUGGUAGCUUGUAUGUUCCUCAGAAGCAGCUCACCGUUGAGGCCAAGCUAUCCGAUGUUGGCAAGACCGGGUUGACCGGUGAUAUCCAUCUUUUCGAUUCCGGCGGUCGAGGUUUCGUGCAGAUUGAAGGUAUGCAUAUUUCGCCGCUCACGCAGCUCAACCCUCAAGACUGGCCGAUGUUCGUGGAGGAAGUCUGGGGUCCUUUGCUCCCUAAUAGCUCUCUUGCAAGCUCCAAAACACCUCUCAUGCCCCGGAGCCAUGCAUCCCUUGAUCUGUGUGACCGUCUAGCGCUGUUGUAUCUUCGCAACGCACAGAGCCAGCUCACGAGAGAAGACUGUCAGAAACUUGAAGGCCAUCGGGGUCGGUAUGUCGCCUGGAUGGAUCAAGUCCUGGACUCUGUUCGUAAGGGCACGCAUUCGCUCUACCCCGCUAGCUCUCUCCAGGGCGACAUAGCCUCGCUUAUCCCAGUCGACGUCCAGCGCGCGAAGCCUGUGGAAAUUCUCGCGCUGGAAACAGUCAACAUCAAUCUUCUUCCCUGGUUGCGAGGUGAAGUAGAUAUUAUGGAGGAGCUGCACAGCCAGGGUGAUCUACUUGGUCGAUUUCAGGAAGACUCUAGCUCUUUGGCCAUUAUGAAGGAAAAGGUUGCCACACUUGUCGGGCAGCUAUCUUUCCGGUACCCUCGCAUGAAGAUCCUCGAGGUUGGAGCGGGCACCGGCGGAGCAACUCGCUUGGUGCUGGAACAGAUUGCUCGCGACUACCAUUCCUACACCUACACCGACAUGACGUCUGCUUCGUUUGAAGAAGCCCAGCAGACAUUUGCCGCCCACAGCGAUCGCUUCAUUUAUGAGACAUUAGAUCUGGAGAAAGAUGUGUCGGAACAAGGAUUCUCGGAGAACGGAUACGAUCUCGUCAUUGCCAGCAAUGUCCUGCACGCAACCAGCUCCUUCAAAGAAAGCAUUUCCCGGAUCCGACGACUACUGAAACCAGGUGGUCGUCUUGCUGUUCUCGAUAUGACACAACCCGAGCAGAUUGCCUCGCCCUUUAUCUUUGGCGGACUACCGGCUUGGUGGCGCGGUGAUCUCGAUGCUCUACCAUCAGGCCCACUGAUUUCCCGCGAAACCUGGAACCAGAUCCUCCGGUCCAGUGGUUUUGGAGAAUUCGAGACUGCUUCGUCAACCGAAGAGUCGAAACAGUUUGGUAUGCUCGUGUUUACUGCUCAAGCUGUCGAUGACCACAUACAUCGACUGCAACGGCCUCUCUCGGUCGCUGCUAAGCGACAAUACCGUGAUCUUAUCAUAAUCGGCGGUGCCAGCGAGACUACUGCAGAAUUGCUUCCAGUCGUCGAGCAACUGGUGGGCCCUUACUUUGGCCGGAUCACCACGACCAACACCAUUGAGAGCUUUGUUUCUCCGGAGAAUGCUUCCCUGGCUGCUGUUCUGGCUGUUUCCGACAUCGAUAGCCCUUGCCUGCAGGAUCUGACCGAGGAGAGAUUCACUGCGCUGCAACAAAUUGUAUCAGUGACAGGAAAGCUCUUGUGGGUGGCCACCGGUAACCCUACCGAGGAGCCGUACCUACGCAUGAGCAAGGGCUUCCUGCGGUCCCUAGGUCUGGAGAAUCCCCAUGCUCAGUUCCAACACCUGGCGGUUAAGAAUCCAGGUGCUCUGUCUCCAGAGCUCGUCGCGACGACUUUGAUGCGGCUAAUUCACUGUGACGCAGGAAGCGAUUACAGUCUUCCAAACUGCACCGAGAACGCUGAAUGGGAGCUUCUGCUGGAGGAUGACGUGCUAAAGAUUCCUCGUAUGCGGACUGGUCGCGACAUGAACCAGCGAUGGCUGACGAGCCGUGGUGUUCCGAAUACUCGCCGGGUUGAGCCCAGUGAGACGUGCGUGGAGGUGCGUCCGGCUGACGACGCCGUCGAGGAGUCCCCGUUGUCAUUGGUGUCGUCUUUCGGAGCAACGCGGUACGAGCCUGAGGUUGAAUAUCAAGGGUUGAAGGACGCGUGUGUUCGUAUCAGAGUUCACUAUGCUACUCUUCCGGCCGUUCGGGUUGAAAAUGGCUUCCUGCACCUGGUUAUUGGAGAGGACGAGCAUAACAGGUCUCGUGUCGUGGCUCUCUCUGAGACUCACGCUUCGGUUGUCUCGACUCCUGCAUCCUGGUGCAGGCCCGUUCCCAGCUGGCUACCGGAGAAGCUCGAAGCUGGAUUUUUGAAUGAUCUCAGCGCUGCCUUGGUCGCCCGGCAUCUAGUCCGUCAUGCGCAGGGCGAAUCAACGAUCUUGAUCCACGAAGCUCCUCAGUCUCUCCAAGAUGCCGUGUCCGCGAUGGCCUACUGCAAUGGUAUCCGGGUUCGCUACAGCGCUGGCAGUCGACAGACCAGCCAAGGACCUGGUGUGUUGGUCAUCUCCCCGCGAAGCUCCAUUCGCGAUAUCAGUCGUCUGCUUCCCUCUGGAGUAUCGGUGCUCACAACCUUUAAACCCGAUACUGACGGUUCGCUGGCUCGUUUGCAAUCAUCGCUGUCACCGGAGGCGACAUACUGGGGUUUGAAGGACCUGUAUGGAGCAUCAUUUCCUCCUGCACACAAACAGCAUUCCAAGGUGUCGGAUUCUCUCUCCGCAAGCUGUCUCUUCGCGGAACAGCGUAGUCGCUUCCAGACGGCAAUUGAUACACUGACACCGGAGGAUAUCCCGGCCUAUCCUGUUGACAGUCACAAGCUCGAGAUCAUUGAUUGGCUUCAUUCUGGCCCGGUCUUGACCAACAGUGUUCCGUCUAGCUCGUUGGUCAGCCUCAGCGGUAACAAAACUUUCCUUCUGGUUGGUAUGACCGGUGAUCUGGGUCGCUCGGUCACCCAGUGGAUGAUCACUCGCGGAGCUCGCACGAUAGUUCUCACCAGUCGAUCUCCAAAGAUUGAUUAUGAAUGGGUUGAGGAGAUGGCAGCUCUAGGUGCCCGCGUUGAGUUCAUGGCUAUGGACGUAUCCAACCGCGACUCAGUCCUCAAAGUCCAUAACCACAUCGAAGCGAAGCUACCACCCGUCGGCGGAGUGAUCAACGGCGCAGUCGUCAUGCGCGACGCUGCAUUCACCGACCUCUCACACGCGAACGUCCUCCGUGUCUUCGGCCCCAAAGUCGAAGGCAGCCGUAUCCUCGACGAGCUGUACCAAGACUCCGACCUAGAUUUCUUCAUCCUCAUGGGCUCAUUCUCCGGUCCUAACGGUAACUUUCACCAAACCGCCUACGCCGCCGCCAAUGAAUUCAUGGCUGCACUGAUCAACCAGCGCCGUCGCCGCGGCCAAGUCGGAAGUAUCAUCCACCCUGCCCAGAUCCAAGGUCUAGGUCUGAUCCUCGCUAUGGACGCACACAUGAAGAACGUGCUGGCCCAGCAGCUCGGGCCCAUGGCUCUCUCGGAACGGGAUAUUCUUGAACAUUUUGCGGAAGCUAUUCUGGCCGGACGCCCCGAUUCAGGGCGUGUUCCUGAAAUUGGCGGCGGGUAUCGCAUGACGGAUCCGGUUGAGUUUCCGGACGUGGUCUGGUAUCGCAACCCUAAGCUGUGGUCGUUUAUUCGCCAUUUCAGAGAGUCUGGUGCUGCUGAGACGAGUCGCGAAGAUGUGCCGAUCAAACAACAGCUUUUAGCAGCGGAUAGUAUCUCUGCUGCGGCGGAUAUCAUUGCGGAUGGCUUCCGUGCGACUCUGCGUCGGAAAUUGCAUCUGCCUGGUGAUUCGGCGCUACCGGGAAUUACGCUCCUGACUGAGCUAGGGGUGGACUCAUUGGUUGCGGUCGAUCUGCGGAUUUGGUUUGUUAAGGAGUUGGGAGUAGAUGUACCGGUUUUGCAGUUGCUUGGGGGUUCCUCGAUUGAUGCUUUGACAGAGAGUGCUGCUGGGAAACUGGAUAAUGAUCUGGUUCCGCUGAUCAAGACGGAGAUUGAAAUUAUGCAAUUUUAA